AUGAAUAACCAUGACGCGAAAAGCACCACCCGCCCUUGGACCGUUUCCCGCUUGAGCAACAUGUCCGACUUCACAGAUCAUCUGCGGCCCAGCCAGCCAAAUGGCCCGGAAAUUCUAGCCAGGAAACGAGCCCAGACUCAUAUUCCCGUCGACGAAUUGGCACAUCACUUACUGGCCCAGGAUGGGUAUCUUGAACGCCAAGCUCGAAUUCUGCGCAUCGUGGAGCAGGAACCGCUCUUUGAUAAGAAGCGCCAGGCAAACCUAUCGCGAGAGGAUCUCUUUAAGCUUGCAUUGGCACGAGCAAAGCUGUUGCGCCGCCUCGUCGAUAAGCAUGGGUGGGACAUUGACGAUUAUAAGAUGGCCGAGACUUUAGUUGACGACGUGUCGCCCUACUAUCUUCAUCUGCACAUGUUUAUCACCACCAUCCGCGAGCAGGCCAGUGAUGCUCAGCAGGCCUACUGGUUACCCCUGAUUGAGUCCUUCAAAAUCAUCGGUGCCUAUGCGCAAACGGAACUGGGCCACGGGAGUAACGUCCAGGGCUUGGAGUUACAGGCUCGCUGGGACCCCGGGAGCAAAGAGUUCAUUCUUCACAGCCCGACGUUAACCGCCAGCAAAUGGUGGAAUGGUAGUCUGGGACGUACGGCCAACCAUGCCAUUGUGGUGGCUCAACUUCUCGUCCCAAGCUCCGGGGGUGAAUAUCAAAGUCAUGGUCCUCACCCGUUCAUUGUGCAAGUCCGGGAUAUGCAAACUCACCAGCCACGGAAGGGGGUUGUGAUCGGUGAUAUCGGACCCAAGUUCGGAUACGCCACCAUCGACAAUGCCUAUAUGUUAUUUCAUCAUUUCCGCCGAGUUUUGCUGACCACGUCGACCGCCAGAAUCCCCCAUUCGGCAUUGCUGUCGCGCUAUGCCAAACUCGACCCGGACAGCGGACAGUUCUCAAAGCCAGCUGUGCCCGCCGUUGUUUAUGGAACGAUGACAUACGUGCGGUCCCUGAUUGUUCUCCAGUCCCGAAUGGCCCUCGCGCGUGCAGUUACUAUAGCCGUCCGCUAUACCACUGUUCGGCGGCAGUUUAGAGACCGUGACGACCUAAAGGGCCCUGAGGUGGCAGUGUUAGAGUAUCCUACAGUACAAAUACGUAUUCUCCCCCUACUAGCGACUACAUACGUGCUACAUUAUGCCGGGCAGGCCAUGCAACGGACCUACCGGGAAGCGCGGGAACAAAUCCAAGCCGGGGACUUUAGUGGAUUGGCCCACAUGCACAGCCUGUCUUCGGGGCUCAAAAGCUUUUGUACUGAUCUUGUUGCCGAUGGGAUUGAAACUUGUCGCCGGGCAUUAGGAGGUCAUGGCUACGGUGGUGCGAGUGGUUUUAUUCGGCUAUCUCCAGAUUAUCUGUCCCGUGUCACCGUGGAGGGGGAUAAUUGGAUGAUUACCCAGCAGGUGGCUGCCUACCUGAUCAAGCGGAUGCACGCAGCUGUUGCGAAUAUCGACAGUGCGACAGGUAAUGAGACCGAGGACUUGUAUAAGGAGUUCCUCAGGGCCAACAGGUCUUAUAAGGUCUUUGAUGAUGACUUUAACAUUGUCAGGAGCUUCCACCGCCGAACAAUAGCCUUGCUUUAUGAUAUUUAUGUGGAACGCGUCACCAAGAAGAGGAGGUGGACUACCAUGUUGAAAUCUUCCACGAUACCCUGCAAAACGAUCGAUCAUUGCCCCCACCGGCGAAGAACACGCUGCGUGAUCUGUAUCAUCUAUUCGCUUUCUUUCAUAUGGAAACGCAUGCCUAUGACUGUAGGAAACGCCCAUGACACGCUAAGCUGGUCGACUAACAGCCCGAUAGUUUUCCGUUCAGGGGCGGUUCCGCAACGCGAUCUCGAUGAGCUACCGAACCGCGUGCGACAUCUCAUGGCUCGUAUUGAACCUCAUGCCGUCGCCCUCGUCGACGCAUGGAAAAUCCCCGACUACCUUCUGGACAGUGCGCUUGGGCGGUUUGACGGUAAAGUCUAUGAGGACUUGUUCCACCGAGCCCACCGGCUCAACCCCUUGAACGAAAUCACAUUCAACCCGAACUACUGGGAAGAUGAACUUGUCAAAGGGGAUGGUGUGGAUCAGCAGAGCAUCCUUUGUGUAUACUGGAUGGUGAAGGCGGGGCAUUCGCUCUAUUCAUAUAUCAUAAGUCAGCUAUUCAUCUUCAGCACCAAAAUGGCCCUCCGUCUCGUGAAACUAUCAGACAAAUUCUCCUGCUACGCCCGAGGCGAGAACGAAGCAAGGUUCAUAUACCACGAGAUAUUCGAAGACCACGAGUAUGACAAAGUCGAGCUACCCGAGGCCCCAUUCAUGGUCGACGUGGGAGCCAACAUCGGUCUGUUCUCUCUCUACAUGAAGGAGAAAUACCCACUGGCCAAGAUCAUCGCGUUCGAACCGGCACCGGAAAACUUAGAGGCGUUGGAGCGGAACCUAGCUUUCCAUAUGGUGUCCACCGUCAAGGCAUAUCCGUACGCGCUGGGCGCGUCUGCCGGUUUUGCACCGUUCAAGUACUUUCCGAACAUGCCUGGGAACUCUACGUUGAAUGUCGAAGAGAAGGAAUAUCAGAUCCAGCUCUUCAAGGAGAACUACGAUCAGACGUUCGCAGACGAUAUGUUCAAGGAUGCUAAACAGAUCAUGGUUCCGGUUCACCGAUUGUCGCUUUUCCUGUGUCUACCCCACAGCAACGUUGAGGUGAUCGACCUGCUCAAAAUUGAUGUCGAGGGCACGGAGUUGGAGGUGCUGCGUGGGAUUGACGACAGGGAUUGGAACAAAGUGCGAAAUAUCGUCAUGGAGGUGAGUAAUGUGAAGGGAGGUCUAGACAAGGUGAAGCAGUUGCUGGAAACUAAAGGAUUUACGGUUACCUAUGUGGCUGUGCGAGGGAUUCCAGAGUUAUUCAAGUUGUUCAUUGUGACCGCUUGCCGUUGA